CAUUUUAUUUUAAUUUUAUUAUUGUUUUUUUUUUAUAGAAAAUGUAAUGUUUAUUUCUUAAAUGUAACGGUCAACAUCUGGCAACAACCGCAACUGUGACGUGCACGAUGAUAUUAGUGUUAGUGUUCGACCAACCAUGGAUAGGUAUGGUUUUCGACAUUUUUAUCGGAGAUUAACAUGACUGUAUUAGUGAAUUCCUUGCUAAAAUUACCGACGGUGACACGGGAGUCUGUAUAUGAAGCUCUCGAAAGGAAAUGUAGAAAAGGGAAAACGACGUAGAGAGUGUUUUGAAAGCUAAAAUAAGUUGUUUAUGUUCCGAGGAUACAGUCAGAUGAUCUCGAAAUAAAUGCAAAAAUGCUAAAGGAUUCAAUGUGUUUUUGGGUGAAAGCAUUAAUUUCAGCAAUAAUUUCUUGGUUAGUUGUACCUAACUGAAGUAUUAACGGGUUUUGUUGACAUAAUAGAACACUCUGUUGACUUUAACAAGAGUUGUAACCAAGGAAAUGAAAUGAUAAUAACCAGUGAAACCUAGGAUAAAACAAAAAAAGGAGAAGAAGAAGAAAAAAAGAAAUGCGUACUGAAAAAGUGAACAGUAUUAGAGAGACGCCGCGGAAAAGUGUUUUAUUGCAACAGCCAAAUAUAUAUGAAUAACUAGUGUGAAGUAAAAAGUUAACGAAAGUGCCAUAUAGCGAGUUCAAAAAUUCCUCGUCUGCCGCUUCUGAGGCGUCUAGAACCCUCUGAAAUAUCAAUGCUCAAGGAACCCUACUACCAUGGCAGCCCUUUCCGCCCAACCUCCUCCACCUCAAGCCUCUGGGGCCCCGAGCCGCCCUCCAGCCCUGCUCCUGACGCGAGACGUGGUGAACAAUUUCCGAUUCCAGCUCGCCGUCAUGCUCAAGGGUCAGCGCGUACUCGUGCAGGCCUUCCGGUGGAAUUACCAAGGAGGCUCCUCGGUCAAAGAUUUUCUAAUGCAGAAAUUCGGGACCAACAAGAAGAUGAAGGAGAUCUUUAACAAGGACCAGAGAGAUGUCCUGGACUCAGGGAAGCCUUGCGAGGAAUACGAUAUCUCGCUUCUCAACAUCUUAUUCCAACAUGCGUGCGGAACGGCUGGUUCUGCGACAGAUGCGGCCGGACAGUCACUGGGACAGCUUGUCCACAAACUGAAACAGGAGCGCAAUGACAUCUCGCAUGCCAAUGGAAUCCUCCCGAUGUCGGAUGGAGACCUCCAGGCAAAGCUAGUAAGGCUGGGAGAUUUAUUGUGUAGCAUUACUAGACUGGCAGGAAGUCAUUCGGGAACACAAUCUGAUGUCAUUGACGAUUUGGUUUCUGAAAUACAGGACGAUUUUAAGGAGUUAAUGAUGAAGAUUCGGGAACCUUUAAGCACAAAUGACUAUAGUAUGCUCCCACAACUGCAGCAGGAAAUCAAACUUUUUCAAAAUGUUCUACAGCAUCAGGUGGAACAGGACAGUCGACUGGAAUUGGAAUCUGUUUACUCUCAGAUGUGGGAUGUGGCUCUCGUGCAAUGGCUCUAUCCAGAUCAAACAAUACGCCCUAGCAUAAACUUCACUAACCUGGUCAUUAAAGAGGACACGUCCAGUUCUAUGCCAUCACAACAACACCAGCCUCGUUUUAUAUCCCAUGAAGAUAUUCUGGAAGUUAGACGCCGAGACGGUGGUCUUCCAGAUGUGCUGAUAAUAUCUGCAGAUGGAGGGAUGGGAAAAACCACAUUGUUAAAGUACAUGAUGGAGAAAUGGGUGACCGACCCUUCUCCAUUCAAGGGUCUCCAAGAAGUCUCGCCGUUGUUGUACUUGCAACUCCGAGGUUCAACCAUCGGCAGCUGGCAGGAACUGUUAGAGAAUCUGCUUGGCAAGACACUCGAAGAUUCCAGAUUAAUGGUAUGUGAUUUUGUAAAAAUGUUUCUGAAAAUGAAGACGGUUGUCCUUCUUGAUGGCUUUGAUGAGGGCAACAAGAAAUCCAAGAAAUUGAUAAAAGAGUUGGUUAACCUUGUGGGCAACUUCCGCAUUGUAAUAACAACCAGACCAGAGACACUGGACCCUUUGACCCAGAUUGUACGAGCUAAAAAGAAAGGCAUGAGCCUGGAAGUGAAAGGGAUUCGUAGAGAAGACCGGCCCUUCUUUGUCCAAAAUACCCUGAACUGCAUUGUUCAGGACCCAGAUGCAGUGAAUGAGCUAAAAGGUCAAAUUCUUGAAAAACUGGAUUCCUUGCAAUUAGGGAAUUAUGACCUGGACGUUCCCCUCACCCUAGUCCUGUUGAUUAUACUCGAGGUCGAAGUGCCUGAGCGAAGUAGUUCGAACUCUGGCUUGAUCACAGAAAUUUUCUCUGAGUUGACAAAGCUCAUGAUUGGCAAAUGUGAAGAAAGACUAACCCUAAAGGAUGUAGAUGAUGCUGUAGACAAAAUCAUAGAAUAUCAUGAAUUUCUGGAAGAACUGGCUUUCAGGGGUCUGACUAGAAAUGAACAUGAUUUAUUGCCAGCAAGUGUGGCGGCAUUGAAAGCGAAGUGCAAAGAGCUAGAACUGCCCGACAAAGAACUGUUCUCUGGCUUUUUCAGUUCAAAAAGAACCCGGAGAGGCUUACAAACCAUCCUCAUUUGGUCUUACCCACACAACCGUUUCCAGGAGCAUUGGGCAGGGAGCUAUGUGAUGAAGCGUCUAUUGCAUCUACCAAGGAGACUGCCUGAUUUGUCGUGGUUGUUGGACUUGGAAACUGUGACUGGACUUAUGGAGGCCAAUGUCACACCGGAAGAACUACAGCAGAAUCCUGUCCUAAACAUUAUUCUCGAUGGUGAUGAAAGUAAUGUAGCCAAGAUCUCAACGCAUCGUAAUAUCCAAAAUGUUCUGUGCUGUGUCACAGGUCUCCUUGCUGACCCCUGUCCUGAUUCUAUUGUUGAUGUUGAAACGCGUCUGGAUUUGUUGGACCACCUGAUCCCGGCAUUGCUGAGGCUGGUAAACUUUGGAUUGACUUUCAAGAACUUCUUCUCAGAUUUUUCAGCACCAAAAUGUAAUUAUUUUGAUGCAGUCUACAGACACAUGAUAGAGUCUCGAUGGCAGGAAAGUGUAGUUGAUGCGUGUGUCAGGAUUCUGAGAAAACAUGAAACAUGGAGCACCAACGGAGAUGCUUUCCAGGGCCUUCAGCUGGUUCUUGAGCAUGUCACUCCAGACAGGCUGAGCAUCAACAUGGAGAUGAUUCAUAUGCCACCUCAGCUGCUGCCUGCUCUUGAAAUGUUUGCUAAGAAAGAGAUGAAAAUCGAUCUCUAUCUCGUACAGCAUUUUAUAUCUGGCUCGGGGUCGUCUGAUGCGUAUCUGAAGACCCUGAGGCAGUCAGAGUCAUCGUGCAAUUUAGUGGAACUCUAUGGUAAGCUGUCAGUUGAUGGAAUACAGCUUCUUCCUAGCAGUCUGAAAGUUUUGCUGGUGCGCAUUGACUGGGACGGCUUAAGGUCAUUGUUAUCGACACUACCGCAGCUGCAGAAUUUAAAUGUCUUCCAAAUCGCAUUGGAGGAUCAAGGAGCCCGGCCUAGUCUGGAAAGCCUCGAUCAGUUAUCCUUCAGCGGCAAAGAGCUGAGCUUACGGAGCCCUUACCCUCUGCCAGAGGCCGACGUCGGCUGGUGGUUCCAAGUGGCGAAGCGCCUCCUCCCGUCGGGGAGAGAGUAUGACAUCUUUAUAGUCUAUCCAGAAACACGCCGCGCCGCAGAGGAGGCGAUGAAGGCAUUCAGUCACCAGGGCGCCCUUGCGGAAAUGUUUUACGUGACGGCCGCUUCCCCAUUUUCUGAGGGCGAUUUGGAUGAUCUGAAACGAUUGGCCGCGUUCCUGGGCAUCUGGGCACAUUUCGAGUAGGAAGCGGGAUGAUGGCAAAGGAAAUGUAAGAAAUCCACAAAUGGAAACCAGAAGCUAACGAGAGGUGAGUGAACAUCCAAGAGCAGAAGGUCCCUGUUCUACGUCAGCUUGCUUAGCGGUUGUAGGAUCUGUGAAGAAUGGACUGCCAGAUUUCUAUCUUCUUUCCUGCCCUGCUAUCAACCCUAUUUCAAUUGGUAUCUGCCGAAGAGCUCACCCAAGAUCCUCACCAGAUUGACCUUGGGAAUGUUCUGGCCAUUAUUGUGCUCUUGGUCAUUGGGAUAUUAGGGGGUCUGGCAUGUUUAGGGUCCUAUGCCAGGAAUCACUUGAGAAAUUCAUAUUAGCCUUGCAUUUCUCUGCAUUUAACUCAUUGCUAUUGGGUAUGACAUGUACAUCAUGCCUUGUCCACUGUGAUUUUACUGUUUUAAUGUUUACACAAACAUGGCUCCACAAGAGCUUUGUCACCAAAAGGUCAAUUACUAGUCCUCUGUAUCUCACUGAUUUUCUCAUUUCCUCAGUUUUUGGAUUUUUUUUUCUAAUUGCUUAUUACUAUUAUUAUUUUAAUGACCUUAAAAUUAUCAGAAUACCAGUAAUAAUGCUUACAAUUUUGAUAUUAAUAGCAUUAGAAAAAUAAUUUCCUAAGUAUUCAAGGACCGGGGAAAUAAGAAACAUCAUGUAGUUCUAAAUAACUCAUGGGUGACUGAGUAACACAAAACCACAGUGGACGCUUCAAGUACCUGGUGCCAGUGGAUUAAUCCUUUGUUAUGUUGAGUGUGUGAGAAUGGUCUGGCAGGGUCCUGAAUACUGCUUUUGUAGGAUGAUGAUGGAUGGUAGAAAAUUACUUGCUGGAUUUUCAGGCAGUUGGAUAAGCUUUGUGGAUGUUCAUCAUACUUUCUUAUUAUUGCUGUUAAGUAUUUAAAAAAAAUUAACCACUUGGAUUUAAUGUUUUAGAUUAGUUAAUUCUGAAUAUUCCUGGUAUUUUUCUAAAUGAGACAGUUUUUGUUUCAGUAGGAUAUUUGAAAUUAUCUAAGAGUGGAAAUGAGCUUUAAAUUUACUCUCAUUCCCCAGUUUAUCUUAACUAUUUUCUCUGUUGUUUUGCGUAUCUUAUAGCUCUUCCAGUGUUUUCAUCUAUAUUGACCGAAGUCUAGUCUUAGUAGUUAUGGGAGAUGUAUCAUUUUAUGGAAAUUGUUUGUAGUGUUUGUAAGUGUUAUUUUCUGUUAGUAUCAUUAUUUGAAGCAUGAAAGACUAUACAGUGUUUCAUGUCUAUGAAAAGUGUGAUCGUAAUGAUGCAUGUAAACCUGGCUAAGAGUUUUCCAAAGAAUACACAAUUACUAUGUUUUUUGUCUCUUCUAGAUUGAAUUACACAUGUUUUUUUGACAUUGUAUUUAUGAUUCAUGAAGAAAUCUUAUGCAUUAUAUCUAAGAAAACUGCAGUUAGUAUAAGUGAUCCAGUGGAGUGAUCUAUAAUCUAUGGAGUUAUAGAUUUGUGAUAUAUUAUCUUUUUUACAAUUUAUAAUAAAAUUUUCAGUAGCUUA